AGGCAACAGGCCCGGAACCACGGACACGGACGGGGAAUAAUUUGUUGUGAUGACUGGAGACUCGUAAACGUUUGUUAUGAAGAUACAAACCAUCAACCAGACAGGGAAAGGCCUCAAGGAAGAGCUGCGUAAUUGUAGUAACAUUAACAUAGUGUGGUGGAGAAAACAGUUUCUGCAUUACCGUAAAAUAAUUCUCUGAUAUACUGGAGUAGUUGGGUAUGCACAUGGAGAACCCUGAGGUUGAAUUCAGAGCACGCAACGCAGUGCCUGUGCACAUCACAGUGCUGAAGGCCAGGAACUUGAAAGGGAGUAAAGGAGAUAAUCCAGUGACCUAUGUCCGUGUGGAGUAUAAUAACUUCCAACUUGGAGACUCAGGGAAAUUGCAGAUGACAGAAAAUGAAAUAGAGUACAACUUCACAACCAGUUUUGACUGCACAUUGGAUGGGAUUCAAGGAUUGGACAACCUGGUGCAUAAACCUGUAAUUUUGACAGUAAUUGAGCUUUUGCCUAAAGAGAAGAAAAAAAAAGAUGAGAAGAUUAUUGUACUAGGCCAAGCCACGGUGGACUUGUUGCCUCUGGCUCAAGGAGAAUGUACAUUCACAAAGACCUUGACACUCUACCCUUUAGGAAAUCCUUUGGAGCAAAAUAUUACUGAGGAAACAAAGUGUCUGGUGGAUAUUGCUGUGUCUGUCCCAGAACCCUUGCUUUCUGAAGCCCAGUUAGAAGAGUCCAAUCUCCUCAGGAUCACAACAGAGUGUGCCUACUCAGUACCUGAGAGCUGGGCCCUGGCUGCGCCACAAUUUAACUAUGUAGUUUCUCUGUUUCUACCAACAUCCAUUUCAAAGGAACUUCGUGUGUUGUUUACUAAUGGGAUUUUAAAAGCAGACAAAGAGCCCAGUAUCAGACCAAAGAGGUGGCCAGUAAGCAACAUCAUUACAAUCGGAGCACAGAAUAUUCCAGAUUCCUUCAUAGAGCGUUGUCCUUAUGAAGAUGAGGAUGGGGAACUAAAUCAUAAAGAGGACUGGGCAUUUAGAAGAGAGGCAGAAAAUGAGAAGAAGCAUGUGAUGUGGAACAUAGAGAGACGCUGUUUUAUGGAGCCUGAGGCUUUGAGGAGACUGCAGAAGCACAUAGCUGAGUUCAUGUACAUCCCUGUGGAGAUCAAGCGUCUACCAUUAGCCCCUCCAGCCAAGGCAGGAGGAAGGAGCAGCAAAUUGGAGAAGACAGAGGAAGAAGGACCUAUCUCGUUCCACGGAGUAGCAUAUGUAAAUAUGGCUCCUUUGUUGUAUCCAGGUGUAAAGCGGAUUCGAGGCGCAUAUGCAAUACACCCUUUCAAUGAGCACGAAAUAAUUGAAAAGACAAAACGUAAGAACCGGGAAGCUACUGGUGUUGCAGGAGGAUUGAAGGGUCCGCCUUCACAUUCUAAAAAUGCCCCUAAUAAGGUUAAGGAUGAUAAAGGGCCAAAAGAAGUAUAUAAGAAGAACUCAUUAAAUUUGAAGUCAAUUCUCCAGGAUCAUUUGUUCGAUUCAGAAGUGGCAAAUGUACUUAAUGUGGAAGGAGAGCAAUACAUAGAAGCAAGGUCAUACAUUGUUCUGGAGUUUACUCUGGAAAAACCUUUGGUGCAAAAGCGACUCCGUGAGGAACUGGCUAAAAGGAUUGCGGAGAUGAUUCCUCCUCAGCCACGAUUCCCUCGUAGAACAAGUGGAGCAGAUAAGGCUGUUGCAGACUACCACAACCAGAUAAUCAAUGUGGCUAAAAUCAUCAUGGACGAAUAUCAGGAGAUGUUUGGACAGAAACUAGCUGAAGGAAAACUCUCGCAGGAAUUACAGGAUCAGGAAGAGCGCAAACAUAAACUUAUAUUUGAGCUCAACGCCUCAGGAAAAUACUUUGCCUUCAAGGAACAGCUUAAGCAUGCGGUUGUGAAAAUUGUGCGAGAGAAGUACUUGCAGACGGUGGCCUUUGAGAAUAGAGAACAGCUUCAGACAUUCCUUAAUGAAUUAUAUAUUUACUUGGUGGAUCAGAUGCACUGUUGCCUGCAUAAGAUGUUGCAUGUGGACCCUCCAGAUCCUAUUCCAGAAUCAGUUCUUGGCUCUGCACAGUUAAAACACUUUGCUAAAGAAGCUGAAAUGAACAAGGACUUUGAACUAGCAAAUAAAUACUACCAAGAGAGAUUAGCACGUGAUAGGAGCAUUGCUGAACACUGGUUUGACUAUGGUACUUUCCACCUCCUGUUAAAUGACCAUGCCAAAGCAGAGGAGUGCUUCCGUGAGGCUGUUGCUGUAAACCAGGAGCAUGUAUACAGCCUUAUUCUCUGUGGUAUCCUGGCAUGCAUGAAUGAACACUAUGAAGAUGCUGACAAUUUCUUUGAGAGUGCCAGGAGCUUUGAACCGAGUAGCGUGUUAGCUUGGACGAUCCAGGGGCUGUUCUAUGAAAGUCAAGAUCGUACAAUUCUGUCCGAAAUGGCCUUCGCCGAGGCAAGAAAGCUUCAAACGGCAGCGGAGACACUGAAAAAGUCUCUGGAUGAAGUGAUCAUUGACCGGGCGAAGGUAACCGAGGUUCCAGAAGCUGAACCUGAGAACGAUAAAAAAGAUCAGCCAGCUGCAACAGAUGAAACUGAACCUGCGGUCCAAGAAACCCCUAGCUCACAGUCUGUUACAAGCCCAGGUGGAACGACUACAGAUAUGGUUCCGAAAGUCGCAUCUAAUUUCAUCAGUAAAAAAAGGAUAUCUUCCAUUAAAGACCCAGCAAAGGUCACUGAUGUCCUUGAGACUAUUGUAACAACUACGCAACAGGAUGAGCCAGCACCCGUUGUACCCCUUCCUGUUAAUGAGCCCCCACCAAGAGAGACCAUUCCUGUAUGUACAAAAAGUAUCUACAUGGAAGCAGCAAAGUUUCUAUUGGAGGUUAAUGCUCUACAGUUUGCAACAAGAGCCAUGGCACAUGAGAUGCUUUCCAAUGAAAAUGGUCUAAACUGUGAGUAUCAUGUGGUUCUGGCUCAACUUUACAUACUUCAGGAGGAGUUUGGAAAAGCAGAGGAAUCUCUUGCAGAAGCAGGACGAAUUGACCAUCAAAAUCCAGAUCUAUGGGCUUUGCUGGGACAUCUAAGCUACAUGAAAGAAAACUACACCAAGGCUAAGGAAUAUUAUGAACGUGCCUUGUGUUAUGUAAAUGAUGCACUUGAUAUGCACACCAUCUGCUUGAGACUGGGCUCCAUCUAUCUGCAGGAAGAAAAGCUUCAAUCAAAUAAAUUAGCCAAAUCUACCUACCUGUUUGCCUCCCAGAGAGCACCAUCCUGCUUGUCCUGGCUAGGAGUUGGCAUUGCCUGCUAUAGGCUUAAUGAACUGACAAAUGCUGAAGAUGCACUCUGUGAAGCAAAUAUUCUGUGUAAUACAAACGCAGAGGUCUGGGGCUACCUCUCACUGGUGUGCUUAAAGACGGGGAGAAAACUAGAAGCAGAGCAAACCUAUAAAUACGCAGUAAAGUUAAACCUUCAAAAUAAACAGCUUCUUGAUGAGAUUCAUCAGCUGCAGAAAACACUUGGCUUUGGAAACCCUUCACUCUGAACCCAUUGUAAUCCAUCAGUUCUGACAUAAGCUCUGUGCUUCUUUAGACAGUCUACGUUUUUUUUCAUCUUGAUUACUUUAUCAUUACAGCUGUAAAAGGUGUGAUUUUUGGCUAAUAUAAAGCCUGCCUUAUAUACAAAUGCUAAAGUGUACCCAAGAUGUGAACGAUUCCAUGAUGUCACAAAAACAAUAAAAUGUAUUUUGAAAA